GGCCAUCCCAUCAGUCAGUCACUUGCGCGUAACACCAUAUCCAUCGUACAAUCUCUAACUAGCCCAUACGAUUCGAGUGCAUCUCCACCCCACAACGACACCAUGACGUCGAAAUAUGCGCACAUGCUCAAGCCGUUGGAUCUGGGGUUCACUACACUUAAGAAUAGAGUGCUUAUGGGAAGCAUGCACACAGGUCUAGAGGAAGGCGGAGUCUUCCAUGGUAGUUUGACGCGUAUGGCCAAGUUCUAUGCCGAGAGGGCGAAGGGUAUGUGCAGAAUGUACUCGUAG